AUGGGUGCCGCCGCAGAGGUCUCCGGCGCCGACCGGGAUAUUCCCACCACCGAGUCCGACAGCGUCACCAACGAGAAGGCCGUCUUCAAGAACACCGACAGCGAUGCCGUCGAGAGCGCCGGCUGGGACGAGACGGCCACCAAGAAGCUCAUCCGCAAGAUCGACGUCACGCUGAUCCCCUUCCUGGCUCUCCUCUAUCUGCUCUCCUUCCUGGACCGUACCAACAUCGGCAAUGCCCGUCUCGACACCCUCGAGAGGGAUCUCAAGCUCGACUCAGCCCGCCUCCAGUACAACGAUGCCCUCGCCAUCUUCUUCCCCUUCUACGUGGCCGCCGAGGUCCCCUCCAACAUGGCCAUGAAGCGUUUCCGCCCCUCCAUCUGGAUUCCCAGCAUCAUGGUCGCCUGGGGUAUCUGCACGACGCUUAUGGGUAUUGUGCACAACUAUGCCGGCCUCAUGGCCGUCCGUGCCGUCUUGGGUAUCGCCGAGGGUGGUUUGUUCCCCGGUAUCACCUACUACAUCACCAUGUGGUAUCGUCGCCACGAGUGCGGUCUCCGCAUGGCCAUUUUCUUCUCGGCUGCCACCGCUGCCGGUGCUUUCGGUGGUCUCUUGGCUCGCGGUAUCGUUGAGAUGAGAGGCGUCGGUGGUCUCUCUGGCUGGCAGUGGAUCUUCAUCCUCGAGGGUAUCCUCACCGUCAUCAUCGCCAUUGUUGCCUACUUCGUCAUGCAGGACUACCCCUCCACAGCCAAGUUCCUCACCGAGGAGGAGCGUGCCGAAGUCAGCGCCCGUCUCAAGCGCGAUCGGUCCUCGCUGGCCGACGAGUUCGACAUGAAGUACUUCUGGGCCGCUCUCAAGGACUGGAAGAUCUGGGUGCACAUGUUCAUCACCAUUGGCGUCUACACUGGUCUCUACUCGUACUCGCUCUUCCUCCCCACCAUCAUCAACGAUCUCGGCACCGCCACCUCCCCCGAGAUGGCCCAGCUCAUGACUGUUCCUCCCUACAUUGUAGCCUGCUUGUUCUGCAUCGGCGCAGGCUGGCACGCUGACAGGCGUGGUGAGCGCGGCAUCUACAUGAUUGGAUUCAUGAUCAUGGCCAUCGUUGGACUGAUUUGCUUGAUUGCGACGCCGAAUGCCGGUGUCCGCUACUUUGGCUGCUUCCUCCUCGCCUCGGGUAUCUACCCCAACGUCCCCCAGGGUGUCGCGUGGAACGGCAACAACAUUGGCGGUUCCCUCAAGCGCGGUGUCGGCAUUGCCAUGCACGUCGGCUUCGGCAACUUGGGCGGUACCAUUUCUGCCUACCUCUUCUUGACCAAGGACCGCCCCCGCUACUACCCCGGCUUCGGCACUCUUCUCGCCUGCCAGGUCAUGGCUGCCACUCUGUCCAUCUUCAUGACCAUCUACUUGCGUCGGGAGAACGCCCGCCGUGACCGCGAGUACAAGCCUCCAAGCGAGUACACCGAGGAGGAAAGGGUUGCCGAGAGGGAGAAGGGCGACAACGCUAGCUUUUUCCGCUACACCAUUUAAGCAGUCGAGAAUAUCCUCUUUUCUGUCUUGUCUUGGGUCAGGUUUUCCCGCAGCGAUAUCUGGGUCGGGGUGUUGGGUUAGGCUUUCAGAGAGAGGAGGCAUGUACACAGUUUUUGGGUCUUGAUCAUGAAUUUCAACAGUACGGAAUUCAUACUGGUCAAUUAACCCUCUGCAUCGCCUAGUGAUGCAUGUUGAAUGAUGGACUAUUUAUUCUUGUUGGUUGCGGCAAAGACACCCACACCAUGUUCUUCUGCCUUUUCACUAGCCCCUGCAAAGUGAUGUUUUGGAUUCCGUCGUGGAUGUCUCU